UUUGUGGAUUAUAAGUUGGGUGGUAUGGCAUAUAUGGUUGCCUUGCCAAUAAAGUUUGAGGAGCCAAUCUACGGCAGCCAAAACACAGACUUUACUACAUUUGUGACCCCUGGAGCUGUGCUCAGUAUCACCUUCUACCUGGCCGUGGGUCUGACAGCACUCUCCUUCGUGCUCGAGAGGAAAGAGGGGCUUUUGGACAGAUGCUGGGUUGCAGGCGUGAGCUCUCUGGAGACGAUGCUGGCUCACCUCUUCUCUCAGCUGUUCGUCAUCAGCGUUCAGAUCAUCCUGCUGCUUCUUAUGAUACUGCUCGUCCUCAAGAACCCUAACGAAGGCUCCUUGGUGCUCGUCGUAAUUCUGAUCGUGCUGCAGGGUGUCACAGGCAUCUCAUUCGGCCUCGUCAUCUCAUCUGCAAUCGACGACGAGCAGAGCGCCAACCAGGCCGCUCUGGGUAUCUUCUACCCCAACCUCAUCCUUAGUGGUAUCAUCUGGCCCGUGGAAUGUAUCCCGUAUCCUCUCCGCUACCUUAGCCUGGUCCUUCCUCAGACCUACGCCUCAGAAGCCCUUCGCUGUAUCAUGUACAGAGGCUGGGGUCUGUCUCGGAUGAUGGUGUGGCGAGGCUUCGCUGUUACCUUGGGCUGGAACACUUUUUUCCUCAUUCUGGCAACAGUCAUCCUGAAGCUGCGGACGUGACAGCCUCACCCCACAGAGCCUCCCUCAGAAC